AUGGCAAUGGUUACAUCAGACCGAAUAACUUUGUUGAACGAUGUCAAACCAUUUAAAUCAACUUGGAAGGUUGAAGUAAAGGUUCUACAUUCAUGGACACAGCGCUCUAACUACCCCGGUGGAGACUCUUUGCAGUUCAUACUCGCAGAUAAGACAGGUGUUAAGAUUCAUUGUACCUGCAAGAGACUCUUCUUGGCUCGUGUUAAGAAACUUCAGGUGGGACAAUGGAGGUUCAUUGAGAAUGUGUCCGUAACUCCUGCAGCUGGAAAGUACCGACCGACCAGUCAUGCGUACAAGCUGACCAUCAUAAGUAACUCUAAUGUCACCAAUUCCUCCGUGAAAAAUGAUGAUGAAUUUUUGUCAUUGACCACUUUCCCAGAAAUCAUGAAUGGAAGUCUUGAUUCAAAUGUUCUAAUUGAUGUUAUUGGUCAAGCAAUAGAUAUUGGAGAUAUGCAGGUUGUGCCAGUUCAAGGACAAGUCCAGAUAACAAAUGCAUUUGAUACUUCAACCUUGGAGAUAAAUCCACCUGGAUUUGAUGUGCAAGAUUAUAUCAGACUGAUGCCAAAUAAUGAGCUUGCUCUCAUUACUGAUGGUCGUGAGGUUGUGAAACCCAAAGGAAACAAACGCCAACCAGAUCAGUGGUCAAUUUACCCAGAGAGAACGAUUUUGGAUAUCAUAAUGGCGACUGAGAUUGAGAAAUGCAUUGUUACAGCAACAGUUGAUGCAAUAGACACAGAUUGGGCAUGGUAUUAUUUUGGUUGUGCUAAGUGCCACUAUAAGAAGGUUACUGACAUUACUAAUAGGGAUGUGGUGCCUGUGAAACAUUUGUGGUAUUGUGAUACAUGCCAUCAGUCAGUCACCAAUGUUGCACCUAGGUUCAAAAUACACCUAUUACUAAAGGAUGACACUGGUGAAACUAAGGUGAUGUUGCUUGAUACUGUUGCUGAACCUAUUUUGGGAGUAAGUGCUGAAGUACUCUUAAAUGGUUCUCUAGAAGAGGUUGAGGAUCCUGAAGACUUGCCUGACCAAGUUACUGCUCUGAUUGGGAAAACUUUCAAAUUUGGAGUCUAUGUGAACAAAGAUAAUGUUGAUUAUGGAUCCCAUAUAUUUAAUGUUGGGAAGACUUGGUCUGCUGAUACAAUAAUAACUCGUGCGGACGAUGAGGACACCGGAGAUACAUCGACCAUAGUUUCCUCUGAUCGUUCAUCAGGACAGGUGUCUUUUGUCAGCAUUGAAUCUGAAGACAACACAUGUUUAUCUUCAACUCCACUGUCAAAACGAAAAGGAAGCAGUAAUGAAAUUGAUGACCUUUCUUCUACUUCAAAGAAACAAUGCUCUAAGAUAAUCAAGGUGGAAAAGAACACUGUGGAGAAGUGA